UCUCCGCCGCCGCUGUCCCCGCCGCGGCGGCCGAACUCAGCGAGUAGAACGGCGGAGGCGGCCCGGGUGGGGCCGGGGUUCGGCCACUCGGCGGAAUGGAGAUAAUCAGAAGCAAUUUUAAGAGUAAUCUUCACAAAGUGUACCAGGCCAUAGAGGAGGCGGACUUCUUCGCCAUCGAUGGGGAGUUUUCAGGUAUCAGUGAUGGCCCUUCAGUUACCGCAUUAACAAAUGGUUUUGACACUCCGGAAGAAAGGUAUCAGAAGCUUAAAAAGCAUUCCAUGGACUUUUUGCUGUUUCAAUUUGGCCUUUGCACUUUUAAGUAUGACUACACAGACUCAAAGUAUAUAACAAAAUCAUUUAACUUCUACGUUUUCCCAAAACCCUUCAAUAGAUCCUCACCCGAUGUCAAAUUUGUUUGUCAGAGCUCAAGCAUUGACUUUCUAGCAAGCCAAGGAUUUGAUUUUAAUAAAGUUUUUCACAAUGGAAUUCCUUAUUUAAACCAGGAAGAGGAAAGACAGCUAAGAGAGCAGUAUGAUGAGAAGCGUUCCCAGUCCAGCGGGGCGGGGGCCCUGGCCUACGUGUCUCCCAACACCUCCAAGUGCCCCGUGACGAUUCCCGAGGACCAGAAGAAGUUCAUUGACCAAGUGGUAGAGAAAAUAGAAGAUUUAUUACAAAGUGAAGAAAAUCAGAACUUGGACUUAGAGCCGUGUACCGGGUUCCAAAGAAAACUAAUUUAUCAGACUUUGAGCUGGAAGUAUCCCAAAGGCAUUCAUGUUGAGACUUUAGAAACUGAAAAGAAAGAGCGGUACAUAGUUAUCAGCAAAGUGGAUGAAGAGGAGCGUAAGAGAAGAGAGCAGCAGAAACACGCUAAAGAGCAGGAGGAACUGAAUGAUGCGGUGGGAUUUUCUAGAGUCAUUCAUGCCAUUGCUAAUUCGGGAAAACUUGUGAUCGGGCACAAUAUGCUCUUGGAUGUCAUGCACACAGUUCACCAGUUCUACUGCCCUCUCCCUGCGGACUUAAAUGAGUUUAAGGAGAUGACAACUUGUGUUUUCCCCAGACUCUUGGAUACUAAAUUGAUGGCCAGCACACAACCUUUUAAGGAUAUCAUUAACAACACAUCCCUUGCUGAACUGGAAAAGCGCCUGAAGGACACACCUUUCAACCCUCCUAAAGUUGAAAGUGCGGAAGGUUUUCCAAGUUAUGACACAGCUUCUGAGCAGCUCCACGAGGCAGGCUACGACGCUUACAUCACAGGACUGUGCUUCAUCUCCAUGGCCAACUACCUGGGUUCUUUUCUCAGUCCUCCAAAAAUUCAUGUGUCUGCCAGAUCAAAACUCAUUGAACCUUUUUUUAACAAGUUAUUUCUUAUGAGAGUCAUGGAUAUCCCCUAUCUAAACUUGGAAGGCCCAGACUUACAACCUAAACGUGACCAUGUUCUUCAUGUGACAUUCCCCAAAGAAUGGAAAACCAGUGACCUUUACAAGCUUUUCAGUGCCUUUGGUAACAUUCAGAUAUCCUGGAUUGAUGACACAUCAGCAUUUGUCUCCCUCAGCCAGCCUGAACAAGUACAAAUUGCUGUCAAUACCAGCAAAUAUGCAGAAAGCUACCGGAUCCAGACCUACGCUGAUUAUGUUGGGAAAAAGCAGGAGGAGAAGCAGGUCAAGAGGAAGUGGACAGAGGAUGGCUGGAAGGAGGUGGAGCGGAAGCGCCUGAACACCCAGUGCCUCUCCUACGCCCUGCAGAGCCACUACUACCGCGCUGCUGGACUCACAGCGGCCAGCACCGGGGGAAAGAGAAAUCUGAGUCUCAGCGAAGCCGAAGCUGGCUUAGAGGCCAUGGUGUCAGGGGAGAUUUCUGACAGUGAGCUGGAGCAGACAGACCCCUGUGCAGAACCCCUCUCGGAGGGAAGGAAGAAGGCCAAGAAGUUAAAAAGAAUGAAGAAGGACCUUUCCCCAGCAGGAAGCAUCUCGGACAGUUCUGCCAACCUCUUUGAAGUUCCCGACACGUGGUAACCCAGGCCUGCGGGAGCCCGCGCAGAGGAAGCCAUAGCGACUCUCACUGGAUAGAAUGUGGCCUGGGAGGGGCUUGCAACCGCGUCUCCUGGGGAAAAAACCGGUUUUUAUUUUUGUGGCUGCGUUUCUUUUUCUUCUUUUUAUAUCAGCUGCCUGCCGCCAGCAUGGCUGUAGGCUGUGGUGACCGUGCCCACCGUUAGCCCGUCCACUGUCUGUUGCUCGUGUGACACCUUGUCAUGAACUGUUGUCUUCGAGAGUCCACCGGGGCUGGUCAGGGGCCAGCUGGGCAGACAGCAGCAGUGCUCGGGGGCGCUGUGGCCACCGUUCGACGCGGACCCCGCCGCCUCCCUGGGGCGCUCAACCCCUCCUGCUGACUUGAGGGCCGUCUCGGCCGUGGCCACAGCCUCCUGUCUCCCCCAGAGCUGCCUGAAAACAUUAAAUUCUCCAGCUUGUUUCACUAGCCGGAAAGCGUCCGCCGUGUCCCCUGAAGGCACUGAACGGCGCCUGCCGCUGGGGCCUGCUCUCCCCGCCCUUCCCCGCCACGGGCGCUCACGCGGGUUGUGCGGGUUGUGCGAGUGGCGCGUGCAGAGCCGCUGUGUCCACGGCUCCGCGCGCGCCUGGCCCCCGUUCUGGGGCGGUCAGCAGCCCGCACCUUGCGGCCUUCUCCGGGAGGCCAUCACAGCAGCGGGGGGACAGUGGGUCCACUCACCAGAUCCGCUUCAUAGAGAUCAUUGUUAGAUAUUUAACAUUUUUGUAUCAUGGAACUAAAAAUGAAAACUGUAUU